UGUGUGUGAACAAAAAAUAGCAGUUGGCAAAAGGAAGUCAAGUAGCUGAAAAGACCUCUCUUGAAUAUGAUAUAAAACCCCAUAAAGACAAAUAAACAAUCAUUAAAGUUAUGAGAAUAAGAUUCUCCACCUUCUUUUCAGAGUGGGAAGCAGUCAACAGGAGCUUUUAAUUAAUUUUAAUGGAGGAAAUCUGUUUUAGGGCUUACAAUAAGCUAAUAAAUCCAAGGCACAAAUCCGUGUAAAUUCCUGAACUGUGUGUGGAAGGUACUGAUUGUAUUUCUUCAGAUACUGCGUUUUGCAAUGCAGCAUUCAGCAAAAUAGAAAGCAAGAGGUUCCUUACACAAGGAGUAGGAAAAGAUACUAAAAGCAAGUCAGAUCUCUCCCUCUCUCCCUCCCUCUCUCUCUCUCAUUCCUUCCCUCUCCUUCUCCCCACCUCUCUCUCUGAAAGUCAGGGUGUAUGUUAAAGAGAGGUUUAUUUACUGUAACUAACUUUACAGUGCUUGCAGGGAAAUUAAACCAGUUUAGAGGUUGAGAUUAAUCAGUUCUUGGGUUUAAUAAACCCAACUAUCCCUACAAAAACCCUCACAAAUUUCCAUGGACUAAAUUCCUUGCUUCAUUCACUGACAUGGUCUUUCUCCAAAGAAAGACCUUUACAUAUUUGUAGUUUAAGAUGAAGCUAAUGAAUUGAUUUUUGAUAUAUGUAUUUUUGGAAGGAGAAAAGUUUAUCCUGACAUUUUUUUCAAAACUCUUUAAAGGUACUGUACCUAUAUCCCUAUUCACCUUUCUUUCCUUUCUUCUAUGAAAGAGUCAAUAUAUGCAGAGUUAUCACUGAAACAUAAACUUUGCAUAAUGAAAAAGGUCUAAACAUUGCAUAAUAAAAAAAGACAUAAACGAGUUGAUUUUAAAGUCAUUAUUUCUAUGUGACAAAAGUGAUGCCAGAAUGUUGGUGUUGAUCUUGUUUCUGAAAAUCAUGUGAGGAGAGAAUUCAAGAAGCUGUUUCAGUGGUUGUUCUGUGUGCUGAUAUGCUAGCGAGGCAGUUAAGAGAGUUCAGGCCUGUUGUACUGUAAGUAAAACAAGUCAGCGCACUGUGCAAAUACAAUGUCUAUAAAGCUACCUGUGACUAGAACAGUCAUCAGUGUUUUCCAAAGUCCAAGGCUUUAGCAAGAAGUGGAGCUGGAAUGCACCCAGCGUUCUUAAGAGCUGCUCCUCACACACACGUACACCCUAUAUUUUGUAUAAGGUGAUGUUAUCUGUGUUUAGCUUGGGGAAGUCUGGAUCUAAUUUGAGCCACUGUUACAAGUUACAUUUAUAUCCUGGCCUGCUGGAUAGCUUGAUUUAGGAUGUAGACACAUCUCCUUUGCGCAACCCUACACCCUUCCAGUUGGAAUCUGCAUUACAUAGGCUGUGCUUUCCUUCAAGAAUUCAACUGCUUAAAAUAGCAGUAUCUAAAACGUGGGAUGUCAUUAGGGCUGACUUCCCUACCCUUCCCACAGCAAAGGAGGAGAGACAUAGUUUUACCAAGUGAAGAAAACAAAAAGCAGUUAAAACAAGUACAACUAUCAGGCUUUCCCUGUACUGAACUUUCUAUUUAAAGGACUAGAAAGAAGGCACACUUAAGAUAAUACUGUUUCCAGAAAGGUGAGAGCUUUAUUUCUUAAUCAUUUCUGCUACCUCUUUAAUCUCAAAAUGAGUUCAUUUUUUGUCUAGGAUACUUUCAUAUAACUUUCAGGCUUUCACUAGGCAGAUUCAAAUCCAGUCCAUUACUGACCUCUAUCUGUGAAAAGGGUGUAGUCAAUGGUGUAUUUUUCCCUUCUCCAUAGUGGAUAGGAAGCACAGACUAUAAAUUGUUUUAGUCUUUUAUACCUGCAAGUCACCUAAUUUUUUGGGUUAUCAAUCUUGUAUUCAUUGCAAACAAUGUGAAUUUCAAUUGUUUGAAGCAGGAAAACAAAACUAAAUGCCAGUUCCAAACACAAAAGCACUUUCAAUCCGUUUCAGCUAUUCCAGUGAUAAUAUGAUAAAUAUUUGCAAAAAUAAGAAAAACAAGAAGUAACCAGUGCUGUUAAACAUUAAUACUAAAGGAAUUGCAUUUAUAUUUGUCUGAUGUUAUAAUACUUACUCUAAAGAAAGCUGAACCUGUGUGAAAUUGUAUUGCCCCUCAGUGCUUACAUAAUUGAAACUUGAGAGAAGCACUCAGAUCAGAUAUACUCUGAGUAGAGUUUGUAGUAGCAGGGUGUUUAAAAAAUGUAAGGAAAAAAAAAAUCCAGUGCUGUCUAUAUUAGGAAUACAUGUCAGAGAUCAAGGAAAAAGGGGUCUUUAUAAAACAGAUGGACUUUUUUAGGGGAUUAUUAAACCCAGCUUCCCAAUACUAAUUUGUCUCUUGUUUAUAUCCACAACUAUAUUCCAUAUUUUAGUUAGUGAUUGCAAAUGGCAGUUAAGAACUUGACCAGCAAAAUCUUUGAGUAGAUGACUACCACUGUUUGACAUUUCUCAGAUUGUAGUUGAUUACCUCAGCGCUUGCUAAUGUGAUGUUUUGAGGUGUUUCCUUCCCUCCCCCUUGGGCAAUUUUUUAGGAGUCUUUCUGCAAAGCUUUUUAUUUAUUUCCUCAAGAAACCAAAAGAGCUGGAACUUGCCCCAGAGGUAGAAAAAUUGGUUUUUGGUUUUUCUUUUCCAUUUUUAAACAAAUAUUUUUAUUUUUUUCUCUUAUUAAAAAAAGUAGAAAAGAAUAAUAUACAGCUGUUAUUUUUUAAAAGAAGACUAAUUUGACAUACACUGAAGAUAUGAGCCUCAGUUUCCGUACAGCUAUGUGUAACCCACACAUUUCAAGUAAUUGGCUUAUUUUAAAGAAAAACAACCACAAUAACAUCAUCAUUAAAAUCAUGACAUGUUUUAUUCAUUUAUUUUAAAUACACCGAAACCUUAAUCUAUCGAUGAUACUCAGGAAAGACGUAUUUGAAAUAAAAGCUCUGCUCUGUUUAACAAAUUAUAUUCUCAUCACAUCAAAUAAUAUGCCUCAGGAAUACUACAAUUUAAUCUGCUAUUUUCAGCCACUGGUGAAAGGUGUUUGGACCUUCUUAUACCUUUUCUUUUUUUAAUUGAUGGUUUUCCCAAUUAACAGGUUGUUUGUUUGGGUUUUUUCUGUCUUUGAUUCCUUCUUCUGAUGUGGCCUCUUGAACUGUAUCAAAAUUAAAUACUAGCAGCAACUUAAAUCCAUCAUGCUCUAUUCAGCAUUCCUGAAAACUUAAUGAUGCAGAACAAGGUCUGUAAAGUUUCCCUUUUUAAAAGAAGUCUUGUGUUUCAACUCUACCUAGAAACAGUCUUCUUUAUAUUUUACUUCAAGCUAUGACUGCUUUAUUUGGUUUGGUUUGGGUUUUUUUUUUUUUUUUUUCAUAAAUCUUUUCUAGCCUAAUGUAAUGCAAGGAUGUAUUUAAAAAGGCAUAUGACACAGAAAAUUGUUUAUUGUUCAAAGGUACUGUCUUUGAAACUACUUAAGUCCUUUCAGAAAAAAAACCCUCUUUUGAUAUACAGGAUCAGCUCAUUGCCAGAUUUGGUCCUGCAAAGUGAUGGCUUUACUUUGGCCCCAUGUGAGAGGUGACUUGCUUCCAACAGGCCCUGGUCAGUUCUGAUGGUCUGCAGUGUGUUUUUGCAAAUCCUGACCCAGGCAGAGACAUACCUUGAGCCACAGAAUCCAGUACUUACUUUAUUUUAUCAUCAUUUAUUUUUGAAAAUAUCACAGUGAAAAUGUUUGGAUGAAUUGACAGAAGUUCUGCUCUUUGGCCCAAGUUCUUUGUUGUGUCCAGGUUGUCAUUGGUAAUAUAAUUAUCUUAAAAAUAUCAUAUAGAUAUCAAGCUAGUUCCUUCUCAAUGACUAAAUUAACCUAAAGCAAUUCCAAAAAUUCUCUUUAGACAAAAAUUUCAAGAUUUUUUUUAAUGACUGAGAUCUUGUGGGAGCAUUGCAAGCAAAAGAGUUUGAAAUUCUGUAUCCGAUUUAUUAGACAUCCAUUGUCACGUCCAUCUGGGUUCAGGAAAGCCAGGGCAGGCUGAUGUUACACACUUCUCUCAUAGUAAAUGCUGUAAACUAUAUGGAAGUACUACAUGACCUCUUGAGAGUAGAGAAGGUGAGACCUCUGAAUAAAAAGCCCCAUCAGCACCUCCCAAAACCAGAAAUCAUUGCGCUGCAGUGCUACUCCCAGUUCUCACUGUCAGAUUUUGUCAUUCCUUCACAAAACCAACAGGUCAAAUUAAACUAUAGAGCUUUUUCUGACAGCGCUUCCAGUGCUGCACCACAAAUCUGCACUAGCAGCUCAUACCUGGCCAAGCAGUUCCAUAAGAGCUAGCCAAGAGACAUCAUCUUUAAAAGGGUUCUCUGUGUGGGAAAGUGCUCCAGCAGCAUGUUUUAGGAAUGCUGAGGGGCUUUGGUGAUGCUCACGUACAGUCUUCAAUCUUCACACAGGUUGCAGAGGAUCAAAACAUGGUCAAACUGGAGUCAUAGGGUCAUCAGCUGCAGACCUGUAGGUUCAGAGUACAAACAUUUCUUUCUCUUAAGAUGUCCUGAAUGUUUUUCCUACAGAGAAAAAGAUGACCUUUACAAUGUCAUUGAAAACUACUACCAAAAAAAAAAAAAAUCAAUGUCAUACUGACAGAACAUGAGAAUUAAUAUGCAGUUUUGAAAAAGAAAUGUUGGUUAUAUAUAUGUACAUGCAUAUAUAUACAGUUUUUUAUGGGUUACAUAUAUAGGGACUGUGACUCCUAGUCAUAGAGGUCUCCCUCAGACCUUUCAAAGUACAUAUAAUUAAUAUUAAUUAAAAAUUAAUUUUGUUGGUGAACUGCAAAUCAAAUUAAACAAUAAGAAAAAAGGUAUACUUUUCCUCCAGUGUGUUGGAAAUUUCUAUAGUGGGUAAAAAGCUGAGGGCUGAGGUGCUCCCAAGGGGUAUUGCUCCCGAGAUCAACAGAAAGAGUCUGUCACAAACUGACCUGUGCUUGUGAAAUACAACUUCACAGCUGAAGAACUGCAUUUUAAAUUAUUGUACUGGAUUCCGGACCCAGUCUGUCUCUCUUUCACUGGCAAGUUAAUUUCACAAACACUCUUCUCAUUAUUAGGUAAUACUCAUGUGAAUAAUGAUUUCAGUACCCCAAAGUGAUGUCAUUUAGCUGUAAUUGAAGAUGAUACAACCCCAACAGCAUGUCUCUGAUUAUACUAAUGUGUAUAUGCUUUCAAUAGGAGUUUCUUCACAUGUGUAUAGGAAAACAAGCUAUGUAGGUAAAAGUAAUUUAAGUUACUAGAAUUAUGCCUUUUUUAGGAUUAAAGCAGUAUUUGUGCUUUUCACAGGCACAGCAUACAUAGGUAUACUUUUGUAGAAACUAUCUGCAGACGUGACAUUGUGUGUGCAUAUCAUUUAAUGAAUUAUGGUUUUGGUAAGUGAGGGAGUUUUAGUGACCCUGUUUCAUGCCUUAAAUGCUAACUGAAACCAUGUCAGGUGUCUCUAAAUGAAGGAGUAUGUGUUAGCCAUACCUUAUAAUUUCAUUUGUGAUCUAGGAAGUUUUUCCUAGGUGGUGCUUCUUGUGUCACUGAGAGAUUUGCAUGCAACUAAAUGUACCCUAUUUAUGAGUCUUGUUAGGCUGGUUUCACAGGCCAUCUCACUGGCUCAUCCAAGUUUAACCUUAUUCUUAUCUUUAACCACUUAGCUUUGGAGUUAGUCACAAAUGCUCCCAAGACUACAUAUUAUUUCUUGAGCCAUAUCAGUUGAUAACUUGCUCAUCUUCAAACAACUUCAUCAUUUGUUAUGUAAAAAAUACCCAAACAAACAAAGUAAAAAAAAAAAAAAACAAAACAAAAACAUUUUGAUGCCUGAAUUGGUGUUACCUUUGCUCUGAUGAUUGUAGGACUCCAAUUAAAUAUAUUACUGUUCUAUAUGCAUAUUGCAUCAUGUUGUACCGAUCCAUUACUGUAAGCCCCCCCAUUAUUAGUUAGAGAAGAGAAAGUGGAGGCAGAAAAGACAGGAAAGGCUAACCAACAGCUCACACUUUUCCCUCUAAUAUGCUCAUAACAUUUUCUUUCUUAAUUUAAACUUUUUCAAUACUUCAUCAUUUUAUGCUUUGAACUGUCCAUCAAAAAUUUAUUUCCAAAUCAAAAGAAAUAAAAACCAAGCAAAUAAAACAUGCUGCUAUCCAGCCUAAUAAAUUUCUCCUCCUUUAAAAGAGAUUUAGUUGUCUAAGAACAAAUUUCCUCACAUUGAAGAUGAGUAUACAGUGAGGGACUGUUAAAAUUUAACAGAACAUGAUCACAUACAGACAGUCAUUCUCAUCUAUAUUGCUAAAUCCUGUGUAUCAAAUCGGUAUAUGCCUAACAGUGGUUUUUGAAAUAGCUCGUUCUGGCCCUGUGCCAUGCUUCUCAGUGAAGAGCUGCUUCUUGAACAGUUCAACAGUAAAUUGUAAAAUGCAUUUUGCCAGUGGAAGUAUUUUUUUUUUUAUUUGAGGAAUUACUUUCACUGUUCAACAAAACUAAUUUCAAAACCUUAUUAUUUAUCAGUGGUGCAGCGGAAUUACAAUCUUUACUCAUGGAGAGAAGUGCCUACCACUAUAGCUUUGAAAAUACUUAGGAAAGGAAAAAAAAAAAAUGGACACCUCUCACUCUUUUAAGAAUGUGCACUUUCAAUGCCACAGACAGAGUCAAGUCCCUUAUAUUGCCCAGAGAUGCCUGAGCAUCUGUGGCAAAACAUCUGACAGUAAUGUUACUCUACUUCCUUUAUCCAUGUUGAGCUCCAUAAAAAUCUCCUUUUCAAAUUUUUUUUAUUCAUGUGGUAUUGUGUAUUUAAAAUGAUAAAAAUGUAAAUACAUGCGUGUGGGGACACACACACACACACACACACACACACAAUAUAGAAAAGAAAAACAACAAAAAAGCUUUUUAAAAUAGUUAGAGUAGCAAAAGAUCAUUUAAAAAAAUCUACUUUCUUCUGGAGCUUUGUUAGCAUCUUCCUUUUUUGUUAUCUAACUAGGUAGUUAGUGAUACUGAAGAACUUUGAAAUGGAAACUGUUACAUUAGUUUUUCUAGUUUGUUUGGUUUUCUACUGUAGUGCUUUCCCUCUGCAGUUAAUACAGAACAGUUUUCACAAAUACUACUCCAUUCAAUACAGUCUGAAGAAAAAUGUUGAAAUUUUAUUUAAUUUUUAAUUCUGGAUAUGGGGUUCUGUAUCCCUUCUUGUGUGAUAACCUAGAACCUUAGUUUUUUAGUUUUGUAUAAUUCCAGUAAAAUGCUGUCAUUGAAAACUAAGUAAAGACCAAAUAAACAACAAAAACCCACUAAAACAAACCCAAAAGCAAACCAAAGGACACCCAAGCCCACAGUUCUGGAGCUGUGGAAAUCUCAAUACUAACAAGAUGGUUGUUUUCUGUUCCAAACUGGAUAAUCUUAUCAGUAUCUAUUUAACUUUAUAUUUCGCACCACGUACAGGUUUGUCUAUUAUCACCGAAUUCAAACACUCAGCUCUAUUCUCAGAUCAGUACAGUGGAUCUUUAUAAAUCUGGAAUAAAUGAGAUGUUAGAGUUGCUGCCAGCAGCUCUGGCAACAGAACUGUUGAUCUGCCCAGAUUCUCUUUCCUGCAAAAAUGUCUUAUCAGCACAUCCACACAUCCUACACGGUGUGACUGUGAAUUUACAGAUAAGAGGACAGAAUGACUGAAAAUGGAUGGAUGGCAUGAUCAUAAAUAGGUCAUGAGUUACCAACUGUGGAGCUUGAUCCUGACACCAGGAGAGGCAAUUAUAAAUUUUAGAGCCCUUCAAAGGAUAAGGAGGUCUCUAGGCAGAAGAGUUUUAACUCUUCACCCUUCAUUUGUCCAAAACUGAAAGUACAUAAAUCAGUCCAUAUGAGCAGAGAUGACUCUGAAAUUCAUAACCACUCAUCUCUGUGACAUUGAUGGAAACUCUAUUGAAUCAAAUGCAUGAAUAUUCUAAUUAUGAACCUCUGAUAUUCAGAACUUCCCUUAGGCCAUCAAUAUCUCACACGCAAUCAUAUUUUACAAGCUGCCUAAUGAUUGCCUGGUUAUACAUGUGCUGACCCAGAGAAGGCAUCCUCUAGUAUAGCCAACCAGCUGCAGAAAGAUGAUCCUUUUUGAGCUCUAGGAGAAUAAACACUUUUAAAUUUCAGAUAACAUCAGUGUCAGUUCACAGGCUGCUUGAGUCUUGCGAAAAAAUACUUGGCAAUCUUGGGAAGGGGUGUUUAAAUAUAGCACUGUAUAUUGUCUUGUGUUGAUUGAUAGCCAAUGCUUGUCGAAAGACAUUCUUUUUAACUCUUCCACUGCAAUGCUAAAAGAUUAUCUCCUGAUUAAUACAAUAAAAAAAGGAAAUAAAAAAAAAGACCUGGAGCCUUGCUAUGAAAUUUGCCUUCCCACGGUCUGGGGCACUUUUAUUGACAUAUGUUUGUAUUCUGGUAGCAGCCUACUACUCUCCUAUUUGUCUCUUUCACUGCCUCUAUUUUUUAAAUACAUGGGGCACUAUAGGCUGAAUCAGAAUUUUUAGUUAGCUCUUCAGAUAAGAAGGAUUUUUCUUUUAAGCUGGAGAUCAUCCUCUUAUGUCUGUCAUGUCAGGUGCAUUGAGGACAAGUAUCCUAAAGAUACUAUCAAAACUAAUAAUAAUACUCAUGGAAGCUUUUAUUUUCAUUUAAAUACUUCUCAUAUCAUUUUCAAAAGUCAAGUAUUGAAGUACUGUGCCAAAGGGAAGAUAAAAGCUGGAAAGGGAAAGUAACUAGAAAGUAACUGAAAAACAGGAUGGAACUGACUAAUCAAAAUUGUCCAGACCUAAUGAAGUCCAGAGAUAAACAAGUUUAUGUGCAGCAGAAAAUCAGAAUGUCCUAAUUAUCACAGUUUUAACCACCUAAGCUGAGAAGAAAAGCUGAGAAGAAAAUGACUGCCAUGAGAGGGAGAAGUAGGACAGUACACCUUCUAGAAUAAGGCAUACCAGAUCUGGCAGAUAGUGAAUAUGAGGACUUCACUGACUUGAGAAAGCUGACAGAAGCCAACAGACUUCAGUGAAAUACACCUCCAAGCACAGAGACUUUUGGUAGCUUUGAAGUAACCUGUGGUUCAUUUGCAAAGACACGGCUACUGGUUCUUUCAGCACACAUGGAGGAAGGCAACAAACAUUGUAACGCUGGCUAAUAAGACUGUGUUUUCCUUAUCAGAAGUAGGAGGAAGGCCAAUUAUAAAAGGAUUAUUUUAUGCUUAGCCUCCAGGACUUUAACUCUGGCCUGAACACUGGACAUAAAUAGAAGCCAAUUUUAAUGACCUGAGAUUUUGUUACCUGUGCAUUAUUAUUGUUAUCAGUUCUUAAACACUUUGGUACUUUAUUUCUUUAAAUUAGAAAUGGGUUUGUGGACUAAAAUGUGGCCCAUAGAUUGGGCUCUUCUCAUGAAAUCAUGGCUUAUCAUUUCCCUGGGGCUCUACAUACAGGUCUCCAAAACUUUGGCCUGCCCAAAAGUUUGCCGCUGUGACCGAAACUUUGUCUACUGUAAUGAACGAAGCUUGACCUCAGUGCCUCUUGGGAUACCGGAGGGUGUAACCGUCCUCUACCUCCAUAAUAACCAAAUUAAUAAUGCUGGAUUUCCUGCAGAGUUGCACAAUGUCCAGUCUGUGCACACAGUCUACCUGUAUGGCAAUCAAUUGGAUGAAUUCCCCAUGAACCUGCCCAAGAAUGUCAGGGUUCUCCACCUGCAGGAAAACAACAUUCAGACCAUUUCACGUGCUGCUCUUGCUCAGCUUUUGAAGCUGGAAGAACUGCACCUGGAUGACAACUCCAUCUCCACUGUUGGCGUUGAGGAUGGGGCAUUCCAGGAAGCCAUCAGCCUCAAGCUUCUGUUCCUGUCCAAGAAUCACUUAAGCAGUGUGCCAGUAGGCCUUCCUCUGGACUUACAAGAACUUCGUGUAGACGAAAACCGAAUUGCCGUCAUUUCAGACCUGGCCUUCCAGAAUCUUACAAGUCUGGAGCGUCUGAUCUUGGACGGCAAUCUCCUCACUAAUAAAGGCAUAGCUGAAGGCACUUUUAGCCACCUGUCCAAGCUCAAGGAAUUCUCAAUAGUUCGGAAUUCACUGACUUAUCCUCCUCCCGAUCUUCCAGGUACACAUCUGCUACGACUUUACUUGCAGGACAACCAGAUAACCCAUAUACCACUUACAGCCUUUUCAAACCUCCACAAACUGGAACGUCUUGAUAUUUCCAACAAUCAACUUCGGAUGUUGGCAAAGGGAGUAUUUGAUAAUCUCCAUAACCUGAGACAACUCACUGUAAGGAAUAAUCCUUGGUUAUGUGACUGCAGCAUUAAGUGGGUCACUGAAUGGCUCAAAUUUAUUCCUGCUUCCAUCAAUGUACGUGGUUUUAUGUGCCAGGGACCAGAGCAGGUCCGAGGUAUGGCAGUCAGGGAGCUCAAUAUGAAUAUGUUGUCAUGCCCCACCACCACCCCUGGUCUGCCACUGAUCAUCACCCCAGUCCCAGCUACAACCAUGCCGACUACAUUAGUUCCCAGCCCAUCAUUUCCUCCCUCAAGUAGUAAAUAUAAUCCUCUCACUCCCAUCAUAGCCACACUCCCCACUGUGCCUGACAGGGAGGACAGAGAAAGGGUGACACCUCCUUUGUCUGAAUGGAUUCAGCUCUCCAUCCAUUUUGUGAAUGACACUUGCAUCCAAGUCAACUGGAUGUCACUUUUUACAGUAAUGGCAUAUAAACUCACAUGGGUUAAAAUGGGCCAUAGUCUGGUAGGAGGAAUUGUUCAUGAACGAAUAAUUAGUGGUGAGAAGCAGCAAUCAAGCUUGGUAAAUCUGGAGCCCAAAUCCACUUACCGGAUUUGUUUGGUUCCACUGGAUACUUAUAACAACUACCGGACUGGAGACGACACUGUCUGUUCAGAAGCCACAACCAAGGCUUCCUUUUUCAAUGGCAGCAACAUCCCUUCCAGCCAUGAGCAGACAACUUCUCAGAACCUAGGCUCCCCAUUUCUGCUGGCAGGGUUGAUUGGGGGUGCAGUGAUAUUUGUCCUCGUGGUCUUGCUCAGCAUUUUUUGCUGGCAUAUGCACAAAAAAGGUCGUUACACCUCCCAGAAGUGGAAAUAUAACCGGGGCCGUCGGAAAGAUGACUACUGUGAGGCAGGGACCAAGAAGGACAACUCCAUCCUGGAGAUGACGGAAACCAGCUUCCAGAUUGUCUCCUUAAAUAAUGAUCAGCUCCUUAAAGGAGAUUUCAGACUGCAGCCCAUUUAUACCCCAAACGGGGGCAUUAACUACACAGACUGCCACAUCCCCAACAACAUGCGAUACUGCAACAGCAACGUCUCAGACCUGGAGCACUGUCAUACGUGAUAGUGAGGGACCAUGGGGGUCUCUAGGACAAGGAGAAAAAAAACUCUAGAAAAAAUAAGCCCCCCAAGAAUAAUGAAAAAAUUACAUUUGAUAAAUGUUACACAGAUGCAUUUAUGCAUUUGAAUACUCUGUAAUUUAUACGGUGUACUAUAUAAUGGGAUUUAAAAAAAAAAGUGCUAUCUUUUCUAUUUCAAGUUAAUUGCAAAUGGUUUUGUAACUCUUUGCUUUUUAAAUCUUUAAAAACUAUUGCUGAGUACUGUACAGGGUUGUACAAUAAGAACCCAAUGUCAUGGCAAAGGAAAGAAUGACUCAUUCUUCAAACAUUAACCACUUUGCUGUCGAAGCAGUCUGAGGGAUGUUAAGUUUCUAGGUGUCCUGGAAUACAGGAAAAUAAGUGCAUAUUAAAACAGGGUCACUAGGAACAGACAAAAGCAAUUCAGAUAAAAUGGGCACAACCCUUCUGACUUGAACCCAGCAGUUGCUAUUGAGCUUCAAACAAUUGGAAAUACAUCCUUUCCUCUUUGUCAGGUCUGCACUUCUCACCUCCAACUGAAAGCUGGAGUUCUGAGUGCUGUCAAAAAAGCUGCUCUCUUGUUUGAUUAGUUUUCUUUCAAUCUGCUUGGAAUAGGAAACGUGGAAAGAACUCAGUGUCAAACUCAAAGUGACCUUGAUUCCUAUUUGCAAAAGUUGCUCUGAAAAUGUCCCCAAUACUAUAUACAUUAUCUCAGAAACUGUUUGUGCUUUUCAUUAGGAUUAAGAAGCUUUAGGCAUUCUCCGACCCUUCUCAGUUGGAGGUGAAGGUUAUGUAACAGUAUGUAACAGAGAGCUGUCAUUAAGUUGCACUUCUUAAUAGAGCAGCAUUUGUUGACAUAGCGUGUUCAGGUAAAGCCAGAAUCAGGGAAAUUCUGGGUGCUCCCAGCUCCGCAGUAUUCAUGUAUGUGUUCAUGUAAUUUGAAAUCUAAAAGUGUGCACUGCUGAAAACAUGGUGCAAAAUAUAAUGGCAAUGGAAAGGUUUUGCUAAUAAUUUGUAUGACUCAAUCCUUGUUUAACUUAAGGUCCUGAGUUAGGUUCAGUAUGGAGAAAUAGGGGAAAAAAAGACAAAAAGAGAAAACAAACAAGAAAUACAUUGUAAAAACUUAUUUAGUACUGGGAAGACCUCGGGGCCUAUUAUAAACUGAAAUAUCUUCAGUGGGGAAAAUCAUGUACAAAUCUUUGUGGGUUUUGUUUGUUUAUUUGUUUUGUUUUUUUCCUUCCCAAUUAAAGUAUACACAGACUGACAUUAGCUAAGCAUUUGAUUGACUGGAGAAUUUUGAGAACACAGGUACAGAGUGUCCCUCUGAAUUGUCUUUCUUUUACCUGACGCAUUUUUGAGUUUUCCAUAAUGAUUUCUGCUUCACAAGCAGUAGCUGUGUUUAAAAUUUCAUUUUUUUAUACCCUCAGAUUCUUCUCAGUCCUUGAGCUUUUCAUGCACCAUGCAAAAUAUCAUAAUGCAGCUCUCAAAAUUAUGUAAUAUUUCAGCCACUCUGUUAACUCAGUGACUGCCAAGAACUGUGGUGGAAUCUAAUUAUUUGGAAGUUUUUCAGUUUGCUUUUUUAUAUUUCGGGUUUUUUCAGUUUUCUUUUUUAACAUAGCUAAUUGUCUCCUGAGUUUGGGGACAAGCUUAAGCUACACCACAUUGGGAAAACAAAAAAAAAACAAAAAAAAAGACAAAAAAAAAAAAAAAAAGAAAAAAAGAAAAAAAAAACCACAAAAGAAAAAAGAUAGAGACAAAACUUCCCUGAGGUAGUAGGGAACGAAAGAAAGUUUUACAGUGAUCACCUAGGGAUAGACAGAAAGUUGCUGCAUGCAGAUUUGAAGAAUUUUCACAUUGGAAUUCUUAGACUUUUCACUUUAUGAAGCUCCUUAUGCUGGAAGAGAGGUUUUUUAAUCCUUUCCUUCACUCAUUUCACUCAACCCAUUCUUGAAACUCAGCAAUCUAUGAGCAUGUAUUUUCUGAAAUUCAGAUCACAUGAUAACACUAAUUUUCUGCAAUGACAAAAUGAACCCAGUUAUGAUUGAUGGCAAAGUACGACCAUUUUGUAAGGAACCACAUCCUCCCACCAACACCUUUAAAAAUCACAUUUUGAAAUUCCAGUCUAUAUUCUACAUAUUAGCUAUUUACUCCAACUAUAGCAGGUAUUCUGAGCAACCUGUGUGGCUACUGUAAUAGUUAAGUCACUAAAAUUCUACUGAUUAAAAGUUUACCAUAUGAUUUCAAAUAGCAUAAUCCUAGGUAGAAAUGUCUAUGCAAAGUGGACGGGUUUUUUCUGUCAUCUAUUUACUGAUGAUAAGGUUUAUACACUUGGGCUUUGGUUUUUGGUUUUGGUGGUUUUUUUGGUUUUUUUUAUUUGUUUCAUUUUGUUUAACAUAUCUUAGAUGCCACAGCUCAAAAGACAAGCAGCAAACAGUUAUGCUUCUGCUCACUUCUGUUGAAUGCUGGAGUUUGCUUGAAGUUAAGCAGAGCCAGUGAUUCCCAUUGGGUGGACAUAGUAUUUAAUUUCAAUGAAAUAACUGGUUGUACAUUCGGAUUCAAAAGGCCUCCUUUGAAAGUACAAGUUUACUAGUAUUUACUGAUGCAGGAGGAAUCUUCUGUUCUAGACCUCAGUAUACUAUAGGCACCUUAUUUGUAGCAAUUGACUUAUUCAGGGAGUUUGGCCUGUACUGCAGGUGAAUGAUCCACAAGCCCAACCUGAUGACAGCAAAUCUGGUAACUUAUAGAAUAGGGUGAAAAGAGAAGGCAUUCACAAAAUGUUGAUUUUGAUCUUGAAUGAUGAAACAUAUAUAUGUAUGUGUAUAUAUAUAUAUAUAUAUAUAUAUAUAUAUAUAUAUGUAGACUAUGACUCGCUUACCUAGAUCAAAAAUCACAAUAAUAGUAAAGAUAGCCUACUUUAUGCUUCUCUUCAGUAUGAAAAAAAAAAAAAUCAUUUGGUAUGUGAUACUGACCAAAGUUUCUUUACUAUAUAGGAUCUUCUGAAAAAGCUAGCACCUUAUACUAAAAUUUGUGGCUUGAGCUGGCAAUAUUAUCUAAAGAAAAUUUCAGAGUUGUAGUCAACUGAAGGGUCAUAUCUGUAAUUUGAAGAAUGUUUCACUCUAUUUAAUUGUUCCUUAGCUCCAAAAGGGUUAAAGUAUUUCAACCUACAACAGAAUUUGGGACUUCUCAAAGUGUCAGCCUCACAAACAUCUGAGUUUUCAUUUCAGUUCCCACCUAGAUAAGCACUUAGCAAGCAAACUUCACCAGGUAAAGUAUGUAGAAAAAGUCAGAGUUAAAAAUAGACAAUGAUCUUUUGGCAAUAUAAAGUUUAAGACUAGUAGCUUUUUCCUUGGGCUUUGUAAAACUUGGGUGAUCUUCACUUAGGACAUAUAUCCAAACACAUAUAAUAACUAAAGGCUAUAGAGCAGAAGUGCCAAAUACGUACAUGUGCAACUCACUCAAAAUGUUCACUUUUAACUCCUGAUUUGAUCAAGUUCAUUGGCUCUAGGGACAAUUUUUUUUUCAGUCAAAAUCUCACCCAUCUUCCAUUGUAUACUGCUAAUAGUUGACCUAGACAUGCAGAAAGAUUGGUGAAUAGAAUAAAAUAAGCGUUUAAGUGAAAUUGUGUUAAAGAAGUAUCACAACACUGCUGUUCCCAGUACUUGGCUUCCUUCUGAAUACAUAUAUAUUUACAAACAGGUCCUUAUUUUCAUGGAUUCUGUCACUUUAAUAAGUGCUACUUGCAUGUGGCUUGCUGGCAGAAACAAACACCUGAUUAAUGCAUGGACUUUAUGUUAACAGGUUCUUAUUGCAACAUUAUUACUGAAUUUCUUUAUAAGAAUAUUUAGGAAAUAAGCUACUUUGAUCUGAAAAGAUAUUAGCAGUUUUCCAUGCAACCCAAUAAAGGACUGCAGUGAAUAUCAUGUAAAACAGAAAAAUAAAGUAGCACAUAAUAUUUGCUACUAGAGUAGUUCAACUAUAUUUUUCUCUGAAGAAUUUUCUUUUUUUCAUGAGAACAAGUUUCUCCUGAAAAAUGUAUUAAUUUAAAUUUUGCAAACAGAAAAACUACGCAUAUUGAUAUUAUUAUUGUAAGGGUCUACAUAAGGCACUUUAUUAAUGGCAUUGAAGUGAAAGUUCAGUCUCAGCUUUUGACAGUAAAGUGGUUAAUUCCCAUUGAAUUCUACAUUUAUAGUACUUCUUCACCUCAAAUUUAACAUGGAGAUAUUAAAGGUUUUUUUUCCUUUAGAACAUGAGAAUAAUGGUUUUACACAUGACUUAUCUUUACAGUUCAGUGGAAAAACAAAACAGAAGUGAGUGCCAAAACCAAAAGUUACUGGCUCUGAACCUCAUCAAAUCCUGCCCGAUGCUCUCUUUUAAACACAGAGAUAAUCCUGGGAAGCUGAUGAUCACUCCUUCCCCGAACUCUAUUGAACAGGGCACUUUGUAUCCCAGAUGAUACUACAGGCAAUAUUGAAGCAUUUGGCAUUAAACUUUUGUACAGCAGAGAAUGUUUUACUCUUUAAAAGGACGCUGGCUAGUAGUCCAUAUGGAAAACUAGCACAGAAGAGAUUUGGCAACCUUUUAUUACACUGGGGCUCUGUGGAAAUGUGCCUCCUGAGAGCUGAAUUCUGAUCCUCUCAGAAACAGAUAAGCUACUAAACAAAUUGUUAUCAUAAGUUGAUCCGGAAUAUCUUAAGAUAAUCUUUCAUAAAAUUGAUUUAAACUGAGAUAUGCACACUUGAUUCUGUUCUGUGUUUGGUAUACUUUCUAUCUUUAACAUGGAAAACUAGAUGGUUUGAAGUCUGCGUUACCUGUUUUCUGCAAUCUGCCAUGUUGCACGCAUUGUUAACUUCAAAACCUCACUAUACACUAUAUAUUAUCUUGUUGACAUAUUCAGUAAAGAGUUAUUUAAAAAAUACAACAACGUUGCUGUAUUUAUAUUAGCAAGUUAAUUAAAAUAAGGAUGUGGGUACCUGAAAGGGACAAAAAAUAUCCAUCUUUUGUACUUUCAUUCAUGGAGAUAUAUUCAGAUGAUCUAUGAUCAGAUUUUUUCAUGUUCAAUCCUAUCUUCAGUUUCUAAAAGACAAAUAUUAUUUGUCUCUCAAAGAGUUAAAUAAUUUUUUACCUCAGUUUCUCAGAUUUACUCUUAUCUUUAAAAAGUUAUUUCUUUCCAAUAUGAAUAUAGAAAAGCAAUGUAAAAUGAGAACAGACUGUACUCCAGUGUUUGCAAUUAAUAGGUACACUUAUGGAGCUACAUAUGCCAAUAACAAAUAUAUAUAUAUAUGUGGAAGCUGUGACUCAUUAUAUGCAUAGCCAGUUGAUAAAUGCAUUAGACAUUUAUGACAUGACAAUCAUGAUUCUGUUUUUUACCUAUUGUUAUCUAUUUAAUCUGUUUUCUUGACAUGAAAUAUGACUUUUUUUUCCAAUUCUCCCUUUAAAAUUGUUCUUGAAUUUUCAGAAUGCGCAACAUUCAUACAUAAGCCUUAAUAAAUUUUUGUAUAAAGCAAAUCUUAUACAUAACAUAUAUGGUAAUACAUACUAUGUAUAAAGAGAUGGUUUAGCUACUUAGAAAUGGAAAUUACCCUGCUUCUACUUCCACAUACAAGAACUAAUUUUUUGUUUUACUGGAAAUUGAGACGCUUAGUGCUAUUUUAUUUCAAAGGUUAGAAAUUUAAUAUUGUUGAGUGUCUCAGUUCCUCAACAAAUUAUCUUACUCUCUUUCUUGACCCCUAGUAUCAUGUAAAACUACCUAGGGCUGGUGUGUCAUAUAUCCACACCUAGCCCUGCCUCUUUCCCCCUGUCUAUGCUUCCCCUCAUUUGAUGUUUCUACUGAAGCACAUUAGACCCUGAUAACUAAAUCUACUUGCCCUACCACACGAGGGUGGACAAUAGAGAUAAUGAGAACGACAAAUGCCUGCCAUCAGUUAUGUAUUUCUGACAAUGAGGGAAUCAUUAUUUUCAAUUGAUAAUAUUUUCUGUCAAAAAAAGGAGUUUACAACCACUGACUUCAUCAGGUAAUCUUUUGAUAACACAAAAUUAUUUAUUGUAGCAAAGAUAAAACUUUAUUUUAAUACUUCUAAGCUCAGUUCUCUGGAAUUUUUCAUACAUGUGCAAUUGUGUAUAAAUUUCUUGUGUGUAGAGGAUUUAACUACAAAGAUCUCUCAAAGAAAGCACAUGGAGGAGUAUUUUUCAUUAUUGUUCAGUCAAAAUUUUUAAUAUUCCACUUUAAAAAGAGUUCUUCCAUGAAGAAGUGCUAUAGUACCACAUGGAGAAGGUACCACAUUGAAGAAGAGUUAUGGUACCACAUUCCACCAUUAAAGUAGGUAACAAAUAUUUUAAUUCUACUUGAAAUGCCACUGUCCACAAAGGCUGAAACUAAAAAAUUGCUAAAAUACUUCCAUUACACAGAGAGAGACUUGGUGAAUUUUUUACCAAUAAUUUCCUUUCCUGGAACAAAUUAGGACAUUUUUAUGGUGAAACCCUGACCCCACUGCCUUCAACUAUAAAUCACAAUACUGUAUAACAGAAGGAUUAUUAAAACAUGCAAUAUGACACAUUGUACAGCACGUCACACUGUGUAUCCCCAAAUUAAAUAUAUCAACUGAAAAAGGCAGUAGGCCCACGCCUCUCUUAUGAAACCUGGGAAAGUUGUGAAAAAGAUUGUGCAGAAAAUGAGAAGGGAGUUAAGUAUGUUCUGAGCAACACUGGCCAAUAUAAAGCCAUACAAGAUAAGGACAUUUAAAGCCACAAAUGGGCCAGUGAGCAUAAAAAGAACAUUCUUUUUUCACAUAAACACAUGCUUUUUUUGAUUAUAACCUCAUAUUAUGGCUAAAUUGUGACUGAAAAGUGCAUGUAUGAAUACUGAGAAAGAAAGAAAAAAGAAAAGAAAGAAAGGAAAAGAGAGUGUUUGUUUGACUUUCUAGUCAAACAGUAUAAAUGACAGUCUUGUAAUCCUGACCUCAUAUAUUUUCCACAAACUGCUGUGGGCAUUCACAGGUCAGGAACCAAUACAUAAUUCAUUGCUCUCUGACUUGCAAUGCAAAUGAUAGGAAUUUCUUCUCGUUUAGAAAAUGUGCUAAGAAAAUUUGAGAGUUGAUGUGAAGUCAAGUUCUGCAGUAUAUGCUGAUGUGAACAAUGAUAUUUAUCCAAGCAGGGCAUUAGAAUGUGUUUGUGAGGACUGCAGAAGCACAUUAUUUCAGGCAUGCACAUUGUUUCAUUUUGAAGAAAAUGCCGUACCUGAUAAAAAGUACAUAUGGGUUAUCAAGAAGAGAUGACUUAGAAAAAUAAAGUAGAAACCUGAGUAAGGGGAGAUAUUACAUAUUAUUACAGUUAUUUUAAUAGUAUACAGUUAAGUACUUUAGGCAAUUUAAAAAAGGGUUCAUAAAAGUAUUGAAGCUUUUCAUAUUUCCCAUCCCUAGGAGGAUGUAUUUUAUUUCCAAAUCACAAGAAAUUAGAUUAUACAGCUUUUUACUUACAUCUUCGUUGGAGGUUAGUUUUGAAGUCAGUGUUUCCUUUUUUUUUUGUUCACUUUGUUUGUUUGAGGAUUUUGCAUGGACUGAUUAAUUUUAUCAGCUAUGGAGAGAUUGAGGAAUAGACUACUUUAUAUGCAAUACUUGCUUUCAUGAGAAGCAAGUAGCAAGUAUAUGUCUAGAGUUUUCUGAUUUUGUUUUGGUUUUCCCUUUUGUAAUUUAACUUUACAAAAAUGGAGCAAAUUUGAAGUAGAACAAAUUCCAACUAUUUUCUGGUGUAAUAUACAGUAGUAGAAAGAACAUAGUUUGUAUUCUUUCUAAAAGAAGACAAUUUAGGAAUACUGAGUUAAGAAAAAUUAUUUUAAACUUUUUUGAUAACAAUUUUCAGUUGAAUUAAUAAUUUUUCUACAUUUAGUUACAAUAGUCAUGCUGAGAAUUUGAGCUAGAAACAGUAAGUAACAAUGAUUAAACUCAGUAUUGUGGUUAUAGGAACUUUGGGUUCAUAGGUUCAGUUUUACGGAUUAUUAUUAGCAGCUGCACAAAGAGAAGGGAACAAAGGUUGCUUCUUCUCUAAAGUAUCAGAUUCCUUUCUGCAGAGAUUGAGGAGGAAAUACAGCUACUUCACAGGGCUCUCCUUCAAGAAACAAGGUGGCCAGAACAGAAGGAAAGUACAUGCAGCCAUGGCAUUUCUCUUUGAUGACUACAGAAGCUGGCAGAAAUAAAGCUGAAUCAUAUUAUGAGGGAUGCAGCAAAUUACAGGUGUUCUGCAUUAUUAUAUGGGACAUCUGGUUUGUCCAGAACCCUGUUAAGGUGCCUUCACUGAGGUCCAUGCUCUUGGAGGGCUUAUGUCAAAAGGUAAAACCCACGCCCAUAAAAGCAUGGAAGGAUCUGUGUUUUACUUUGUUUUGCGCAUCUUUAAUUACUCUUUCCUGUAAGUUCUGAAGUGCCACCUACACCACCAAGUUCAAGAAGGAGUGUGCAACAAGGCAGGUUUGAAAGGUCACAUUUUUGAUGACUCUCCUUUUAUUAAUGCAAAUAUAUGGACAAAACAAUGUCCUUGCAGGCAAGAUUCCAAUCCACAGCAGAUGUGAUUGAUCAUUGUGUUAGCCAUCAGAUCAGACACUACUUCCAGGUUUUUUUCUCCCUUAUUUCUUGUCAAAACUAAGACUAAAACUGAAACUAAGCAGUUUGUACUAUUGCUUAUUUGUCACAACCCAAGGAAAAGGUUUCUGCAAAACCAUUUUACCUGCAAACUGUGAUGAUUACCCAGCAAAGCUAAGCUACAGAAAUGCUGCCAAUACAGGGAACCAUUUUUCAUGAAGUUACAUCUUCUACUGUGAUAUCAAUUCAGUUUAUAGCCAGACUAUGAAAAAUCCAGAGGCACCAAUCUCAAAUUUCUUUUGCUUUUACCUCAUUUCCUUUAUGUUGCAUUAACCUUCUCUAGCAUGAUUGGCUUAGAGGACAGACUGCUGCUUGAUGCCUCAUAUGGUUAUCUGAUUUAUUAGCUCUUACAUCUAAGAUUAAAUCAAGAAAAACUAA